CACACACUGUUUCUAAAUCAGUCUAUUUAUACAACCCGAAGACAAUUGGCAGAUUUGUUAUUGUCAUUCCUUAAUAAGUACUACAACAUCCAGAAAGAAUGUCUCAACCGAUGCCGAUGCCGUGCGGAGCCCACUGCGGGACCUACUGCCACCCUCACUGCCUCUACAACAACAACGGCGGGUCCACCGUAACAGUCGUCGACCACAACCCCUGCUACCCCCCACCUCCCCACUACCCCCCUCAUCAGCACCCGAACUACCCACCACAGUGCCCGCCGCAGUACCCACCACAAUACCCGCCAGGUUGCUGCCCACAUCACCCCAAUUACCACCACACUACGUGCCCGUGCCAUCAAGCUCGCUAAAGUGGACAUCUGUGAUAUAGAUCUUUUUAUUUGAUGUUUUUUUUUUAAUAAUCAAUUGAGAAUUUUUUAUUACUAUUAUUUCUACAUUUAUUU